GUUGAUGUGCCUUGAAAAUUGAACGGUUUCUUUAAUUGAAUACAAUUUCAUGAUGUUUAAAAGAAAUGGAAUUACUAGUUAUUGCAUAAAACUGGAGGAUUAUUUUCUGAAUGAGAGUAUAAGAGUAAUUUACCCCUGAACUGCAGACGUUCAGGUCAAGCAUUACCUAAUUAAGAAAAGUGGGCGGACCAGAUUACCAAAAACUGACUACACUUAUGCUAGAAGCAAAUUGGUACAGAAAGGACUAAGGAAUUCUCUGGUUCACUGAAAAAAUGGGUUGUAUUGAUUAGCUUAUUCUGCUUGCAUGGCCUGCAAUCUAAUUUCUUAAUAAUGGUCCCCACGUUUAUGAGAUUUUAACCAUAGGGUGUAUGAAUUUUCUGACAGCUAUUACUGGUUAAAGUUGCCAGAUUGAUGUUUAUUUGUCAUAUAAUGUCAUGUAAAAGUUAAUUAAGAUUGGUUGCAAAUAAAUUAGGACAAAGAAUCUGUCAGUGUGAUGCAUUUCUAGCCUAAUACCAGACCUGAGACCUUACAUCCAUUUAUUUCCAGUAUUACCAACAGCUGAACUUCUCACGUCUGCUUUCAUACUUAAUUGCAUGUUAAGUACAUUAAAUACAAAAACAUGUUUUAUGCUUUCUGUAAUAUCUGUAAUCACCUUGAAAGCAACUUGGUUGAAUCUAAUUACUUAUCAUUCUGUUUUAAAUUGCCUUUAAAUCAUCAAAACUGCCUUAGUACUGUAUAUAAGAAAAAUAGGUUUUGUUUAAACACAGUUAUGAUUUAAAAUGAACUUACCAAAGCUGGUCCAGGCAAUGUGCCUAAGAUGUCUAAUAUUAUUAAAUAUUCUAUUCAAGUGAAUACUUAAGAUUUUAUCAUAACAGAAUUUUUGUUACAGUUCUGAUCCCUGUCUUUUUAUGUUUGUUAAGAAUUAAAUGAUUGAUUUCAUUCCAACAAUAAGUGCUCUGCAUGACUUACCAAAUACAAACAGCUUUAAAAAGGUUAAACAACAUCUAAUGGAAAAAUUUGAAUAUAUCACUAACUUAAAAACUCUUGAGUGUAUUUCUGAAUGAAUUUGAACAACUUACGCCUGUGUGCAUUUUGCAUGACUCAUUCAUUCUCAAGUGGUUUUGAGGAAACUGAAUUGGGAGCUACAGUCCAAGAUUCUUUGGUAGGAAGUACGUAAAUCCGAACAUGUCUCGGUAUCGUAUACGAGGUAGAGGUGGAGCAGCAGGGAUAGAUCAGGAGGAUUUGGACUAUGAUGGUUAUCUGUCUAGCGAAUACAGCGAUGAUGAUAGGGUUGGUAAGGAGCUACAAGAUUCAGACUCUGACAUCUCGUAUGAGACAGUUUUAGAAGAUGGUAUAGAGCUGAGAUCAGGCAAAAACUUGAAAACCAUGAAAGAGAUUCUUCAUGAACAUGAUGAGAAACUACAGCAGUCAGAUUUAAUCCGAAGUGUGAACAGAACUUCUUAUACCACAUCUAAAAUAGACUCAAUGUCCAGGUCAAGGAGGGAUGCUUUUAAUGAGAAUCGGAAUGCACAGUCAAAAUCCACAAACAAAAAGGCUUUAAAAUCGAAACAAAAUCAGAAACAGUACUCCCAGUCUGAGCAGAAACAUUUAAGAAGGUCGGAUGUUGGCACUUCUGCUCAGUCAGGAUCCAUGGCAGACUAUAAUAAUGUAAGGUCUAGGCGAAGUCUGAAUACUGACUUUGCAACACAUACUAAUAUGAUACAAAAUAACACUUCAAAUAGACGUUUAAAUGGUAAAUCAACAGCGGAAAAUUAUUCAAAGUCUGGUUAUGAUGCUGUAGAUAAUGGCCGUUCCAGGCAGGGGCAUUCUGUACAAACAGUGAAAAAGACAGUGACUGAGGAAUUUGAGGAAGUGGAUAGUGGAGGGACAGAGAAAGGGACAAUAGAGGCACCAGAAAAGGCAUCUGGGUCAUGGUUGCACGGAGACAGACAUGGUCAUAAUAAUAUACACUUAUAUGGUUUAGAUUCUGAUGGUGAGUUUUCUGACUCUGAUUCCACAAUGACAAGACGUUCCAGAUACAGUACAAGUACAGGUAGUGGUUACGGAGGGUACAGUGAUGCCAGUAGCUCAGUGUCCACUGUAACUACUAUAGUCACCACUGUCACAGAAACCAUAUCAACUAUUACUAGGCCAAUUAUAAAGCCAGUGUGGGAUGCAGUGGGGGAACCAGUCUGGAACAGUGUUGGUAGACCAGUUUGGAAAUAUUUAUGUCAACCAGUCUUGUUGGCUUUUACAUCAGUUGUUUACUUCACCUGGUUGUUAUUGACUCAGCCAUUUGUCUAUAUGGCAAAAUCUGUAGGAAAUUUCUGUUCUUGGUUGUGGUCUUCAGAUUUUGAAGAGAAGUUAGAAAGUGUCUUAGUAUUUCCAGAAUGGUUAUGGAAGAAAGUCCAGUAUGUAUCAUGGCAGUUUGUGAGGCUAGAUGCUUGGUUGUUUAAAAGGAGGAGAAGUCGUGCUUGUUGUUUCUGUUUACCAAUAUUACUGUUGCUGCCUUUGCUGAUAGCUGUCUUCACUGGUGUUGAAUUAUGGAGUGAUAGUAAGUCAGCAUUGGUGGCAAUGUUUGCUCCAGAAAAAUCCACCCCACAGAUUGUAAUCAAUGAGAAACAUGAAUAUUUCCAUCACUUGAAUGACGAGGUCAGGACAAUGAUUCUACAGCUACAGUCUAACAAUAAGGACCAGUUGACGGCCGCUGAUGUGGAGGCUAUAGUAUACAGGAUAGUGGGUCAGGAAACUGCUGCACUGAAGGCUAACAUUGCAGGGGUCAACAGUGAGGCACAGUUGCAACAGGCCCAGUGGAAAACAGAACAAGGGAUAAAACUAGAACAGAUGCAGACUAAACAUGAUGCACUAUUGGCAACAAUACAGGGUUUAGAGACAACUAUAGCAGCACAGAAGAGCAGUAUGGCAGAGAAAGGUGCUGAAAUAAAGGCUGAGUCUAGUCAGUACCUGGCAGGUUUGGAAGAGAAGCUAGCAGGGUUACAAGCAGAACUGCACGAGCUGGAGAAAGAUUAUGCUGCAUUGUUAGCACGUGUAAAUGCUUGCUGUCACAAUGAAACUUACUACCUAGCAGCCGUCAAGGACAGUGUUAAUGCUAUAUUGGCAGAGAUGAUGGCUGGUCAUAUGAGUGGAAACCCAACACAGGAUGCCUUUACAGAAUGGUUACACACCCACUAUGUCAGCCGAGAUGUGUUGGACAAACGUCUGGAGGACCUGGCUUCAGAGUUGACCACGAGUGUGGUGGCCAUGAUAAAAGAUUUACAGAUUGCCCAGCAAGAACAGUACCACCAGUUUGAGCAACAGCAAGAGCAGAGUAAACAACACGCUGUACAUAUCACUAGCAAUGGCUCAGGUGUUGGAGAGCAGGUUUAUCAGGUACGACAGAUGAUUGACGAGGCCCUUUUCAGGUACAGUGCUGAUAAAAUAGGGAUAGCAGAUUACGCUCUUGAAUCAGCAGGUGGUACAGUUGUAAGCACACGCUGUUCAGAGAGCUACUACAGGAAGACAGCACUUGUCAGUGUGCUUGGUAUUCCACUGUGGUACACUUCAAACUCACCUAGAACUGUUAUACAGCCUGAAGUUUACCCGGGCCAGUGCUGGGCAUUUAAGGGAACCCAAGGUUAUAUUGUCAUCCAGACUUCCACCAUCAUCAUCCCAUCAGGCUUCACUCUAGAACAUAUCCCAAAAGCCUUGGCACCAUCAGGAGAAAUAGACAGUGCUCCAAAAGAAUUUACUGUAUUUGGGUUGGAAAGUGAGUACGACGAUAAAGGAGUAUCACUGGGUAAUUACACAUACAAUGACAAUGGGAAACCCAUGCAGUUUUUCCCUAUACAGGUACUUGGAAAUCCAAAACCGUUUUACCUCUAUGAGUUGAGGAUAAUCAGCAACUAUGGUAACCAGGAGUAUACAUGUCUCUAUAGGUUCAGAAUACAUGGGAAUUCUUACAGAGGAUAAACAUUUUCACUAUAAAACAUCUUUGCUGGGACAAAUUAUUCAGCAAGAUAGCCAAAGGGAAGAUCUGUCACAGACAACAAAUUUGGUAAAACCUGGCACAUUGUGAACUGACAGGAUGUAGUUUAAUUAAUAUUUUUUUGUUGAACAUAUUUUUUGAUUGAGAAGUUUGAAUUGUUUUUGGCACAAGAUUUGAUAACUUUACCAACACAAGAAAGAAGUGUACUGACAGAAAGUUGUGUGAGCUGUUCAGUCAAAAAGUUUUGACUUGAUGUACUGUAAUUCCGGAGAUUCUUCAUAAUUGAUGUUGGGCUAUAAAAAUCUUGCAUAAUAAUGAGUUGUAUUCAAGUUGAAAUAAGCCAUACUUUAAAAUUUGUUGUACAUUUGAAGCAUUCAAAAUUUCAGCUAUUCAAAUGCACAUUUUUUGCUUAUCCAAAACCAUGUUUUAUAAUGAAAAAGUAAUUGAAAGCAAUUCGGUAGAUGAAUAAUUUAUGAGUGUAAUUAUUGUAUCAUCGAAAUUUAUUUUUUCUAUCUAUAGGUAAAAAAACCCCAAACUUUCAGUGAUGUAAUGUGGUUGAAAUGUCCAAACUUUUUUUUAACUGAAAGGUCAAAAACUUAUAUACCACACUAUCUGUAUGGGAAAUUUCAAAGUUGGACAUACAUGUCUUUUACAAACAUGUUAAAUGAUAGAUACUACUGUUGUGCCUUCAGUCUUAAGUGAUAGUAGUUUACAGCUGUAAAUAAACCGCCUUCUUGCAAGUAUUUGACAAAUUGUCUUUACGGGUUUAUACAUGCCUGAAAUUCUUUCAUUUUAUCACAAUCUUGCCACUUCCAUAGAUAUUAUUGUAACCAUAACAGCUUUAUGUAUGUUGUUUAUAUUGAUAAGCGUAAUUUAUAUCUCGGCAACUCUUUAUGUUUCUAGGUUGUUUUAACCCACCAUAUUUAUUAUGUCUCCCACCACACAGUGGUGUGGGAGACAUAUUGAUUUACUUCUGUCUGUGUGUCUGUCUGUCUGUCUGUCUAUCACAAAGCUUGUCUGCACUCUAAGUCGAACAUUUCUCAUCCGAUCUCCACCAAACUUGAACAAAAUGUGUUUGCCAAUAAGUCCUCGGUCAAGUUUGAUAACUAGCCAAAUCGGCCCAGGCUCUUCGGAAUUAUGGCCCUUGACCAUAAUUACUGAAUCACCUAGACUCAUAAAAAUACUGAACCAUUCAUCCUAAAACUUGCUCCAAAAAUUACUGAAUUUUUUUUUACUCUUCAGAUGAUUAGGCAGUUGUGGGAGACAUGCGCUUUUCUAAAAAGCAGCUCUGGUUUGUGUUGUUAUUGUAUUCUGCCUUAUGUGUUCAGUCUACAUGAAUCUCUCAGUCGAGGGUAUUUCCUUUUUGGAUAUAUUAAUAGUAUAAAUUAAAUGUCUUUCCACCAGAAAUUGUUGAUAAUCUUAAGUGUUUAUAUUUAUCAGGAUUGAUUGUAAAUUUUGUUUGUUUGGUCAUAUCUGGGUGUAACAUAUCCUGAAAGACUGGAUUAUGCUCUAUUAAAAUAUAAAGUGUGUCAUUUUAUGCCAAAAGGAAGUGUUUUGUCCACUUCCUAAAUAUGGGCCUCUGUGUCCGAGUGGUUGUCGCUGACUUCAGAUCACUUGCUGCCCACCAAUGUGGGUUCAAGUCUCACUUGGAGCAUAGAAUUCUUCAUGUGAGGAAGCCAUCCAGCUUGCUUACAGAAAGUUGGUGGUUCUACCCAGGUUUCCACCUGUGAUUAAAUAAUGCUAAGAGGGGCACCUUGGGUCUUCCUUCUCAGUGAAAAGCUGGAAUGUCACCAUAUGACCUAUGUGUCAGCGAGAUUGUAAACCCAGCAAAAAAAAAACAACAAAAAAACACUUCCUCAAUUCUUCAGAAGGCAGUGAUUUGUUUACACAAAAAUCUUGGAAUUGUUUAGAUGUAAUACGGCCUUUAAUCAGUUUCAAUCUAAAAUACCUUGUGUGGCGAUAGAAUUUGGUGUUGGUGUGUUUUAAACAAAUAGAAAAUAGACUACUUCAUUAUUUCUGACUUAAAUAUUCUGUUAUGUUACUGUUAUAUAUAUGUACUGAAGUGAAUGUUUUCUUCAAUGAUGAUAGGUCAUGCUUUCCUACGUAUGAUUGUUAUAAAGUUAUUAAGAUUUGCUAGUCAAAAUCGUUAAUGAGUGGGUGCUAAAUGUUAAUGCUGACCAUACUAAUGUGUAUAAAUUGUUGGUGCAUAUGUGUUGUUUAGGUAUAAUACAGAAAUAAUUUCUGUGUAUUCAUUUUAUAACAGUCAGAAUUCAAUAUUGUUCUAAGUCAAACCUUUAAGGCAUAUUCAGAACAUUUGGAAGUUUAACCUUUAGCUUGCUGGUGACAAGUGAUUCUGCCUUUGCGACCAGUGCAGACCAAGAUCAGCCUGCACAUCUGUGCAGGCUGAUCAUGGUCUGCACUGUUUGCUAUUCAGUCAAUAAUUUUUCACUCACCCUUCGAAUAAUAAAUGGUACUGCCCAAAUUGAAUACAGGUAAUGGAACAGUCCAUUUUUGAAAUUUAGCAGUGUAAAGGUUAAACAAGAACUGACAUGAAGUUAUUUCAUUCCUUUUGGUGUUUGGAAAAUAUAUAUUCCAGUUGAUAAAUUUAUCUCAAAUCUUCUGUUGAUGUAGCAGAAUUUGAAAUGUAUAAAAAAUAUAUAUUUUAUGAUUUAGAAUGUUGUUGAAUAUAGACAAUUACCUUUGGUGUCAAAAUUUGUUUCAUUUAAAUAUAAGGCAGCAAUAACAUAGUCAUUGUACAUAUCAUCAAUUUUAUUUCUAUAUGAAUGCAUUAUAUUGCAUAUAAAAUGAAAUGUUAGUGAGUUUUAUGUAUCCAUGUAUUGUUGUUUGUUUUUAAUAUUAUUGUAGUUAUAUUGUUGCAGAUUUUAAUAGUGCAAUUUAUAAUGUUAAUUUAACUGUUAAGUAAUGAGGCUAAAAUACAGAAUUGUAAGUUUCUCAGGCACUGUUUGUUUAAAACUAAAUCUCCAAAUUAAAAUAUAUUUCGUGCAGUGGAGUUUAAACCGGAAACUUUCUGAAGUUAAUCCAGAUGAAAGUUUUUUUUUUGUUACCUUCUAGAUAUUUGUUAAACUUGAAUUUCAAUUUGCUGACAAAUUCUAUUAAAUUUUCCCCAGCUUAAAAAUUUAAGAACAGACAAAAAGAUUGAGGUUACAGCUUUACCAAACAAACUAUAGUGCCUGUCUGUAUUUGAUAAAUUCAUGCUGACACUUUUGUGUAUAGUACUGAAAGUGCCUCAUUGCAGCUUGUUGAAACCACAUUAUAGUUUGUAAUGUACACACACACACAUGAAAGUUUUAGCAUUGAUUAGGAUAUUGCGCAGGAAACUUAUAUACCCUUGUAGCCAAACAUUUUAGUAAAUUAUGUACCACUACCUGCAAUAGAAAUUUAACAUUGUAUCUAGAAAAGAACAUCAAAUUUACUAUGACAAGGUGAUUAUGUUUGUUGUUUUUGUCUUAGAUAAUUAGAAAAGGGUUAUUUAUCAGUUACUGUUUUUAGCUCACCUGUCACUACAGGUGAGCUUUUGUGAUCGCAUUUUGUCUACGGUCCAUCUGUCCAUACACAAUUUCUUGUGAACACGAUAGAGACCAUAUUUUACAGUGGAUUCUUAGCAAACUUGCACACAACUUGUAUUGGCAUUAUAUCUGUUCCUUUCGAAAACUGGCCAGAUCCCAUCAUGGGUUCCAGAGUUUUGCCCCUUAAAGGGCCAAAAUUAGCUAUUUUGGCUUGUGAACACGAUAGAGACCACAUUUUGCAAUGGAUUUUAAUCAAACUUGCACACAACUUGUGCUGGCCUAAUAUCUCAGUUCCUUUCGAAAACUGGCCAGAUUUCUUCAUGGGUUCCAGAGUUAAAGCCCCUUAAAGGGCCAAAAUUUGCUAUUUUGGCUUUUGCAGCCAUAUAGAGACUUCAUUUAUGGUUUGAUUUGAAACAAACUUGCAAAAUAUCUUUUGCAACAAUAUAUCUUGGAUUCUGUGAUGAAUCCAUCAGAUCCAAUAAUAGGUUCUAGAGUCAUGGCCCCUGAAAGAGCCAAAGUUUGUUAACUUUUACCUUGUGAACAUGAUAGAAGUGACAUUUAACAUUUGAUUUCUAACACACUUAUACACAACUUAAUUCACAAUAAGAUCUUGGUUUUCGAAAACUGGCUAGAUUCCAUCAUGGGUUCUUGAGUUACUGCCCCUGAAAUGUGCAAACUCUUCUGUUUUGGACUUUUCAGCCAUAUAGAGGUUUCAUUUAUGCUUUGAUUUGAUACAGACUUGCAUAAAAUGUUUAUUUUGAUGAUCUUCAUAAAAUUUGGUCAGAAUGUUUAUCUUGAUAAUACCUAGGCCAAGUUCGAAACUGGGUCAUAUGGGCUUAAAACUACGUCACCCGGUCAAAUCAAAGGAAAAGCUUGUUAACACUGUAGAGGCCAUAUUUAUGAUCUUCAUGAAACUUGGUCAGAAUGUUUAUCUUGAUGAUUCCUAGGCCAAGUUUGACAGAUGAGCGAUAUAGGGUCAUCAUGACCCUCUUGUUUAAAUUUUGGCAGCUGUUUCUGAUUUUAAGAGGCAAUUCUCAUAAAUUAUCAGUAAUUUUUCUUGACUUACAUGUACAUGGUACAGCAAAAGCAGAAAUACAUUCCUCUCUGACACAAAGUAAAUUUCAGCUCUGCUUUAAGCUAGUAUACAACAAUUUAAGGCUUUUUAUAUUCAGAUUCCAGUUUCUCACUUGAUUACUGUAGUACAAACCAACAUAUACGUCUAGUAUUUUGAAUAAAGGAAGAUAAACCA